AGUCAGAAGUGGUCGGUCGUCUAGUGAAGGUCGGAGUGUCUGACAGUGAUUCGAGUGUUUAGCAUUGUUGAAAACUUCGUCCAUUAUAGUUUCAAGUGUGUUCUUAUUUCUUAGGUUAGAGUUAGUCCUUUGUCCGACAAUAUUUUUAAUGUGUAGUUUACUUGGUGUCUCAAGUGCAUCGGAAUCACGUUGUACCUUACCAUACAUGGAUGACUCAAAGCUUAAAAUGUGUCUAAGUGCUCUCGGCCCGUUUCCCAAAGUGGCUUUUUCGUGCUCGUACAAAAACAGGUACAAGAGUAGCGGAGGCGUGAGCAGUAGCCGCGUAACAGUCUCCGGCCGGGAGCUACGAGAGUUGAGAAGACACAACUACAAAGCUUCAGUUCUGCCAAACAAGACAGCUUCGUACCUGGAGCACCGGCGCACACGCAGCGGCCGGGGCAUGAACAUGGGCCAGAAGAUCUCUAAUGGAGUGAAGACAGUAAACAGAGAAAGCCCUCAGCCGUACAAGCCAGUGAUUCCCCGUGAGCUGGCGCAAGACUUUGCGAGGCCCGCGCGACUCGACAUACUGCUUGAUAUGCCACCCGCGAGUCGGGACACACAAGCCAAACAUGCGUGGAACGCAGACGAUAGAUCUCUCAAUAUAUUUGUUAAGGAAGACGACAAACUCACAUUCCACAGACAUCCGGUAGCCCAGAGCACAGACUGUAUCAGAGGCAAGAUGGGGUUUAGCAAAGGGCUACAUGUGUGGGAAGUGCUUUGGUCUACCAGACAGAGAGGCACACAUGCGGUGGUGGGGGUAGCGACUACGGACGCACCGCUACACAGUGUCGGCUAUCAGAGUUUAGUUGGCAGUAACGACCAGUCGUGGGGCUGGGAUUUAGGGAGAAACAAGUUAUAUCACGAUUCAAAAAACAACGCUGGAGUGACAUAUCCUGCGCUACUAAAACCUGAUGAAACGUUUUUAGUUCCAGAUAAGUUUCUCGUUGUAUUAGAUAUGGACGAGGGUACUUUGUCGUUUGUAGUGGACGGGCAGUACCUAGGGGUAGCGUUUAGAGGACUGAAGGGCAGGAAGUUGUAUCCUAUCGUCAGUGCGGUCUGGGGCCAUUGUGAAAUCACCAUGAGAUACAUCGGUGGAUUGGAUCCCGAGCCGCUGCCACUGAUGGAUUUGUGCAGAAGAGUAAUCAGACAACGGAUCGGCAAACACAAUCUGGAGGAGAGGAUACAAACGCUGAACCUACCUCAGGCGAUGAUUGUCUACUUGCUGUAUCGCGAUCGCAGAUAACAAUCCCACCCCCCAUGACAAUAGACUACCUCUGUGACAGUGACACUUCUCAAGCGCGAUAAACUCAUUUUUUAAAUUUGUGUAAAUGUGAUGUAUGUGAUGUGCGCUCGGGAGGAUAUUUUCUACAGUAGCGCUAGGGACACGAGUGUAUGUGCGAGCGUAACUACGGCUUCCGUUCUGGAGCUUCCCCUGCAUUUAUCCGCACCGAGAGAUCUUCUGUCGUGUGAGAGACUUUAGUACCUCGAUUACAAAGGUGUUUUUGUGGAAAACUAAAUAGGAGCUGUAAAUUUCUUUAGUUGUUACGUUUCUUGGUUUAAUGCACAGAUUCAUUUAUCGCAAGACUUCUCAUUUGUGUUGCUAACGAUCAUCGAUACUCUUAUAUGUGUUGGCACAAAUUUUGAGAUAUUUAAAUGUUUUAGAUUAUGUUGUAUAUUGGAAAUUUUGAUAUCGUUUCGAUGUAUGUCUAUGGUUUGAGACCAUUAGCUAAAAUCAUCACCUAUUGUACGUACGGCUUAUUCAGACUGUUUGAAAUUUUAUAUUUUUAAUUUAACUGUACUUAAUGGGUGUUUUGUAAACCCGAUAGAGUUUUUGAAUUAUUGACCAAAGCCUCAGAGCAAUACAACUGUUAAUUUUAAUUGUAAACCGCAUUAAUUUGUCAGUUUGUAGAUGAAGCGAAUUCUGCCUUGGCUGUAUAUUAUGAACACUGGACCUACUAACUGUUGUAAAUAAGUUUGUAUGGAACAUUUACUCCUUGCGAAUAUGCGUAAUAGGUACUAAUUAUUUGAUUGACUAGGAGUAAAGCAUGCUUUUAAUGAUUUAAAUUGUAUGUGACCAUGUAAGGUAGAGUUAGUUUCGAGUCGACUGAUGCCAAUAUCAGAAUGUACCGGUAUGCAAUGUGGAGCCUUAGAUUUGUGUCUUUGUUUAUCUUCUCAUUUCCUUAGUUGACAAACAGUGAUCUGAUAGUUUAUAUUCUUUUGUAAAAUAGUGUUUUGGUACAAAAUACUUGUAUAUGCGUUCAGCUUUUACUUAUUUUAAAAUAAUUUUUAAGUCGGAUUAUUUCCUUCAUCAAUUAGAUGUUUUUAAAUGUUCUGUUUUUUCUAUGAUGUGCGUAAGAAUGAUAGUGUUGUGUGAAGUUGAUUUAAAUUCCACCAAGCGUAAAUUCAGUUGAAUCUCGGAUUUAAUCCAUUCAGGGGUCUUUUCUAACUGUGAUGAAACUGGGCACAGAGGUUAAGUGUCUCAUCCACAGCGCAGUUUUGACUGUAAAUUGAAUGUUUGUUUUAUUUAAUUUUCUAGCUGAAACAUCUGAUUGACAGUUAAGACUAUGCCUGACAAGUUAACAGCUGUUUCUAGUUUGAUCACAGUUAGAAAAACUUGCCGAUUUCGGUUGAAAUCUAGAUAAUCCAUUCUGGUUGCUGUACUCUUACUCAUAUCUCAUGCAUAUAUAUAUAUAGGACAAAUUUUAAACAUUUUAUUAUUGAAACUUAUAACAAACAUUUUAAGUAUUUUUUAGCAAAACUUUUGUUUAGUUAUCUGAAUAAAAUAUAUCAUAAUUUACAUAGAACUGAUGAAGAAUAUAAGAUUCUGUUCCUUCCCAUUGUAUCUAAGUCAUCUAGAGUAACUGCACAGUUUGUUAAUUUGUAGAGUUCAAUGUAAAGCCUAUAUAACAUCAGAAUCGACCUGUAAUUUUGUACUGUAUGGAUCUGCAGGCUGCAACUAAACGUUUUGCUUUUUAUUUUAUAGCCUAUUAAAUUUUCUUACAUUUUUAGCAUCACGCUUGGUUCAACCUCAGAUCCACUUUGAUGUUUGUAGCAAAACUUAUAAAAACUUGGUUACAUA